CGUGUCGUGCCCCAGUCUGUGCACACGUUUAUCGGUUUUAAAAAGUUUGUUUUCGCGCGUUUCACGUGCUCUCGUAUUGAAUUUGGAACCCCCAAGGAUUUCGCGAUAAUUGGUACCUAGAGGGCGUGCGCACAGAAUGGCAGCGACCAAAUAUUCCCACCCGUUCCUGCGCGGGCUCAAACCCUUCCCGGAGGGGUACGACGACGAGAUUCAGCAGAUCAGGGAGUGGAUGAAAAGCCAGCCGCAUCUGCCUUACAUAUCGGACGACUUCAUCAUGUUGUUCCUUCACUCCAACAUGUACAAGGUGAAGGAGACCAAGGAGACGAUCGAGUGGUACUUCACCAUCAGAGCCAACACCCCGGACCUCUUCACCAAUAGGGACCCCCUGUUGCCGAAGAACAAGGCUAUUUUGGACAUCACAAACAUGGUGGCCCUCCCGAACACCACAGCGGAAGGCUACCACGUCCUGCUCUACCGGCUGUCAGAUUUCGACUACAGCAAACUGAACUUCGCUGACGCAGUCCGCGUCUUCUGCAUGUUCAACGACGUGAAGUUAUCUGAAGAUCGGCUCUCGGAAGCAUACAUCGUGAUCUUCGACAUGAAGGGAUGCAGUUUGGGGCAUCUGACAAGAGUGACGUUGCCCGCGCUUAGAGCCUUCAUGCAGUAUAUACAGAAUGGACACCCUUGUCGCCUAAAGAAGAUCCAUGUCGUUCAUACAGUCUCCUUCAUCAACCAAGUCAUGUGCCUUGUCAAGCCACUGAUCCAUUCCAACUUACUCAAUCUUCUUAACUUCUCUUCUGAUGGCCCAGCAUCUGUAGUUGACAAGGAUCUCCUUCCAGAAGAUUACGGCGGUCCUCUGCCCCCAGUGAAACAAUUACAUGAAGAACAGAGAAGAAAUAUGGAAGAGAAUUACAGGGAAUGGCUGAUAGAGACAGAGAUAUUCAAAGCAGAUGAUAAGAAGAGGAUAAAGAAGCCGAGCAAGGGAAUGUUUGCGACUCUCACGAGCACUUUCAAGGGUUUAGACAUCGAUUGAUUUGUAGCUAAUUAAUGACGCUUUGGUACCUGAUAUUUUGGAUACGUCAUAAAUUAUAACGGUGCUAUUAUGGGGCAAUAUAUAAUUUUGUUUUUUUUUUCGUUUAUUAUAUAAAUUUGUUUUAUUACAAGAGUAUACGAGACGCUAUUUCUACUUCAUAAUCUUUUCUUUGCUGCGAAAAGGUUUUUUUGAAGACAUUUAUAUCAUGUUCCUGAUGAACGAGGCUAUAAAUUUAUGUGCAUAAACUAUUUAUUAUUAUUUUUUUUCUUUUUUGUCAGAUAUUAAAGUUGUAAUCCGUUACUAGCGUAUACUAUCCUUACGUACUACGUAUACUAUCCUUAGUCAGUUAUUGGGUAUAGCAAUAUUUUAAGGUUAGCUUAAUAUAAUUCAUCCUUGUUUUAGCGUUAAAAUGAAGCCAUACAUUUUCAAAAAAAAUAAUUGCAAUUAUAGUUAGGGACAUGACAGAAAUAUGUCAAUUUUAAUUAUUGCCUGCAGAGUAGGAUGUCGCGCUGGUCCCGAUUUCUUGCUCUGUGGUUACAUAUAAUCAACCCUUUUUUUAAUGUUUCACUUUUCUUUAUAUUUUGACAUUGAAAGUUAGUAAAGUAAAUUUUUAUCUAAGUUUUUUUUUUAAGAUUUAUAUUAAACACCGCUAAGUCAAAAUAUAAUCAUUACUUUUAGAUAAAUAUAUUGUAGAUAAUAUUAGUUUAAAUAAAAUAGGUUUUUCAAUAUACCAAAAUAUAUCUUACAUGUGAUUGUUAUGAGUAACAUUAUAUUUUGU